CUCUAUUUCGAGAUCCCUAACUCUGCACAAUGGAAGAAAUACGUACUUCCGAACAAUCCAAAACCCUCUAUCAAAGCCUCAGAGACGGUGAUGUAUUAGAAGUGGUGAAAGCUUAUGCAAAAGCUACUACUCUUGAUGCAAGAUUAAAGCUAAUUCCAACAGUGCACGACGACACAAUCCUCCAUAUGGCAAUUUACAUGAGGCAAGAAAGCAUCGCAAUGACAAUCAUCGAAAUUAGCAGCAGGGAUAAUGACGAGCUAAUCACAAAACGCAAUCAGUUUGGAAACACAGCUCUUCAUGAGGCCGCAGCAACUGAUUUUGUACGUGUUGUGGAGAAGUUGUUGGAAAAGGCACCAGCAUUGCUGUCCAUUCCAAACGAGAAAGGGGAAAUGCCUCUCUAUACAGCAGCUCACUUUGGUCAGAAAAGAAUUUUCAUUUUGCUGGCUGAAAAACUAAAAAACAAUCAUUGUGAUCUUCGUCCUCAUUUCAGCUCCCUAUCUCCUUCCUACAAGUCUGUUGAAGAACUUGACGAGCUCUCCUACGGCCCUGAACACAUACGCAGUACCAUUCUUCAUGCUGCAAUACAUGCCGAGUUCUUUGAGCUUGCACUUUUGAUAGCUAGAAAGCCAGAGUAUGCGAAAAUUGUUCAACUAAGAGACAAAAAUAAAAAGACGCCUCUUCAGCUCCUCUCAUCCAAUUCUUCAGCAUUCGAGAGUGGAAUGAAAUGUGGACUGAUCAAGUGGUUGAUUUACAAGUGUGCUCCAUAUGAAGAUGUUAAAGAAGAAGAUGCUCAUGAACAAAAUUCCAGUGAUGAAAGUCAUGUUCAAAGUUCCAAAAGAUCAGUUACUCUGUUUCUAAGGCGAGUCUUCUCUUCAGUUAAUAGAUUGGUUUGGAUUGUUCUUCGAGCAUGGAGUACGAUGAAGAACAUAUACGACGAAAGGAAGAGGCAUGUAUUGGCUUUAGAACUACGGACCUCCGAGUCGUGCUCGACGGUGGCCGGACUAAUGGCCACUGUCGCCUUCACGGCCGCCUUCACUGUCCCUGGAGGCAACGACGAGAACAGCGGCGCUCCACUCCUUCUUCACAGCCCUUUCUUCUUAGUCUUCAUCAUCACCGACGCUCUCUCCCUAGCCAGCUCGCUGACGUCACUCGUCAUGUUCCUCUCCAUCCUGACGUCACCGUUCGAGCUCCACGACUUCCGCCACUCUCUCCCUCAGAAGCUGAUCCUCGGCUUCACCUUCCUCUUCUUCUCGGUGGCGGUGACCAUGCUGGCCUUUGCGUCCACACUGAUGCUGACAAUUCCGAUGAAGAAGAGAGUGACCAAAAGUUUCGUGUACUGCGUUGCAUUUCUUCCCGUCACCAUGUUUGCACUGUUGCAAUUCCCGUUGUUGCUGGCCUUCAAAAAUAGUCUCAACUACUCCGUCAUGGCCAUGAAAAGCGUAUGGUUUCGUAUCUCUGCUCCUAAAUCGAAAACCGCCAAGACCCAAUAG